AUUUUCUGUACUGCAAUAACCAAUUCCGAUGGGGCAUCGUAUCGUAUUGUACUGUACUACUACUCCCUUCCCCCCCUCUCUCUCUGUGCACCGUAGGACCAAAUUAUAUGCCAUCCAUAAAGGUCCUUUCAUGAUCAGUUUUGGCAUUUUUCCAUAAUAUCUCCAAAAAAAAAAAACAUAAAAAGAAAACCUAGCCCUACUCUCCACCCAAAUUUCUUCAUUUUCCUUUCCCUUCCCCCCAAAUUGCACUGCAACCAUGGACAUGGGCGGCGGCAUGGGCGGGAUGGCGCCGCCGCAUACGGCCAACGCCACCACCGGGGCGCCGGCUCCACCCCACCACCCCCACAAGAUGACGACGAUGAUGCACAUGACCUUCUUCUGGGGCAAGGACGGCUAUAUCCUCUUCUCCGGCUGGCCCGGGACCAGCACUGGGAUGUACGUCCUCGCCCUGUUCGUCACCUUCGCCCUCGCCGUCCUCGUCGAGUUCCUCACCCGGUGCCGGCUGAUGAUGGGGCAGGGCGGCGGAUUGGCCCGAGGCGUCGCCAAGACGAUGGUGCACGCGAUCCGCAUGGGGCUGGCGUACCUGAUCAUGCUGGCUCUGAUGUCGUUCAACGGCGGGGUGUUUAUCGCGGCGAUCGUGGGGCACAUGGUGGGGUUUCUGAUAUUCGGGAGCGGAGCAUUUGGGAAACGGGGGGAAUUGCAGCCGCCAUAUGUGAAGACCUCCGAUGUUCCCACAAUGAAUUGCUGAGCCUGAGGAUCACCCUGAGGCCGACCGGAUCGAUGCAGCAGCAACAGCAACAGCAACAGCAAAAGCAAUGCAGUAAUAUCAUCAUCAACUUAAAUCUUGUGUAAUUAAUUAACGUAGCUUUUGCCUUUGUCUUAUAAUAUAAUAAGACAGGACCUUCCUUUUGGAUUUUGAUUAUAUUAUUAAAAAAAUAAUUAUUAUUAUCUUAUCUUAUAUAUAA